AUGUUCACGCGACAGCAUACGUUCACUUACGACCCAAUGCUUCAUCACCCCUUCUCGAGUCCUGAAGAGACUGACGAACUCGCUUCCGGCGACCCUGACAAUAUGUCAGAGACGUCGGCGCUGAUCGGUUUCGUCUCGAGUGGCAGUUCGGGCUGCAGCUAUGGGGACUACACAGCUGAAGUGUCCCCCAUAAAUGGAAAUUCUGAUUGCAGUUUUGCUGCUGAGGAUCCUAUCUACGAAAAAGCGAUCGCCGAAUGCUGUGUCAUCAAGGAGAAUCCGUCGUUUUCCGAGGGAAUCCUUUUGAAGUGCGUCGACAAACAGCCCAUGUUUCCCUACUUACACUUUGCUCAGUUCCACUCAACGGAUCAUCACCAACGGCAACGCGAAAUCGACGACGUUGUUAAGGAGUGUCGCAUCUUUUCGGGAAGCUUAUUCGGCGCCUACGAAGAGGUUUACUCGAUCCAGAAAACGACUACGUCUAACGAUGCACGACUUCCAUCAAGCAGACAUGCUGGAUACAUUGUGGUCGGCUUCAAAAUUCUCGACGACUCUUCCAAGCAGCACGCGUUGGAGAAGUCUUGGCUGUCCUGGUCGGGAGCGCGUGAAAUUUACAAACAUUCGCCUCGUGUGUGGAACCUCAGAAGAAUUUCUCUUCGCAGAAACGUGCCGAUAAGCGGAUCAUCCUCACGCCCAUUCGCCUACAUUCUGAUGUGCGAAUUCAGCUCUAUACUCCAUCCCUCAAAUACCAUUCAGGCUUUGGAUAUGUGCGAGAGAUUGCGUGUUCGAAACUGCGGUCACAUUGCUCUUUAUCAAGUACACACCUCCUAUAGUACAGUGUCUACAACUGCAAGAAAGCCUUACUCCAAUUCACUGGCAGCGGUCAAACGUCAAACGAUGAUGAGAGGACUCAGCCAUGAUGUUGCAUCCAUUCCAAGUGAGACGACUGAAGAACGACGAGGUCGACUGAGAGUACGAGAUCACAGCUUUCAGUACUCUGAUGAACACUACACCAGCUAUCAAUGA